GGUUCGUAAAGUCGAAAACGUCACGGACAAGAUGUGCGUAGAGCGCGGGCUCAUGCUCAUGAAGGUCAACGCCAAACCCGAGCAGCGAACGGAGCUGGCGGAGCUCGCCAAGAUCUUUCGAGCGUCCAUCGUGGACGUCUCCCCGACGUCGCUCACGAUGUCCACCGUCGGCGAUCCGGGCAAGAACCGCGCGUUCCAGCAGGCGUGCCUAAAGUUUGGCAUCCUCGAGGUGGCCAGGACCGGUAAGCUGGCGCUGAAGCGCGAGCCCGUCUUCUCGGAGUCCCGCAGGCGCCGCGUGAAGCUCAUGGAGGCCAUGAAGGAGGCGCGCGCGGCGGUCGCGGGCCUCAGGGGCGGUUCGGGGUCCGAGAAGGAGGAGCUCAUCGCCAGCCGGAUCGUUCGAGCCGUCGCGAACAUGGGGGAAGGGGGCGACGGCGAGCUCAACAUCGGCGACACCUACGCCGCCAUGGAGGACGGCGACGGCAGCGGCGUGUGGGACGUGCCCGUGCUCAACGCGCAGUACCAGGGCGCGGGCAAGUCCGGCGGCAUCGACAUGUCCGACGGCAUCCCCAAGAUGGACCCCAACGCCAAGUACACGCCGCACACAAUCUCCAUCGUCGUCAUGAACAAGCCGGGGGUCCUGGACGUGGUGACUGGGGUCUUCGCCAGGCGCGGGUACAACGUCCAGUCCCUGGGCGUCGGGCCCGAACGGACGUUCGACAUCUCGCGCAUCUCCACCGUCGUCCCGGGCACCUUCGACGACAUCACCAAGCUGCUCCGUCAGCUCCUGAAGGUUCCUUACGUGAUAUCCGCCGAGGACAUCUCUCGAACGCCCUUCGUGGAGCGCGAGCUGAUGCUCGUCAAGGUGGUGUGCCCACGCAAUAUGCGCGGGGAGCUCGUCGACCUGUGCAACAUCUUCCGGUGCAAGGUUGCGGACGUCAGCGAGGACACGGUGACGAUCGAGGUUAGCGGGAAGGUGAGCAAGAUUGGCGCCAUCCAGUCGCUGCUGGAGCCCUACGGCAUCCUGGAGGUGGCGAGGAGCGGGCGGGUGGCGCUUCCCAGGGACUCCGGCGUGGACUCGAAGCUCCUCGCGGCGAUCGAGGACGAGGGCGACCUGGAGUUCGCGUGAGGCACGGUUCACGGAGGGAGAGAUAGAGAUAGAGGGUGUCUGUGGGCGCGGGCGCGUCACCGGGAUAGUUUGAGAUUUUUUUCUUGGAACGGACGAUAUUUUGUGGAGC